GGUCAACCUCUAAAGACUCACGUUGCCUGAGGAAGAAGCCCAGAAGAGGAGGAAGAGGAAAGAAAAGGAGUCAGAAAUGGCUCUUUCUCAGGAACGGUUGACCUUUGAGGAUGUGGCCAUCGAAUUCACUGAGGAGGAGUGGGAAUGCCUGGACCCUGCUCAGAGGGCCUUGUACAGGGACGUGAUGGUGGAGACCUACAGGAACCUGAUCUCCCUGGAUAUCUCCCCUAUACAUGUGAUCAAGCAAUUACAACCCAAAGUGAACAGUGAUAAAGGAGAAGUAUUCCAAACACCAAUGUUGGGAAGACCUGAAAGCUGUAAAAUCAAACAUUUUCACCUCUGGGAAAUUCAGAAAAAUAUGUAUGACUUUGAGUGUCAGUGGAGAGACGAUGAAAGAAAUUACAAAGGAAUGCCUGUAAUCUGCAACAAAAAUCUCACUGAUGGAAGAGAUCGACAUGGUAGAGGGGGUGCAGGAAUGAAGCCCUGUGGAAAUAGGCUUGGAUUAAACUUUCAGGAUAAACUGCAGAUAUUUCAGACUGAUGGGAUAAUUUCUGAAUGUGAUGUAGUUGAGAGGUCUGUCAACAAUUGUUUCUCAUUUUCACCACUUCAAAGAAUUCCUCCUAGUGUCCAAACCAAUGUUUCUAAUAUAUAUAGGAAUGAUUUUGUGCAUCCUUCAGUGAUGACGCAAAACCUUAAAGCACACAGGGAAAGACCUUGCAAAUGUAAUGAGUGUGGGAAAGCCUUUCUUAAGGGCUCACACCUCAUUAAACAUCAGACCAUCCACACAGGAGAGAGAUUACAUAAAUGUGACAUAUGUGACAAAUUCUUUGGUCGAAGUUCACAGCUUGCAUGUCAUCGUAAAAUUCAUCCUGGAGAGAAAUGUUACAAAUGUCAGGCAUGUGGCAAAACCUUUAACAAUGGCUCCACCCUUGCCAGACAUCAGAUAAUCCACCCAGGAGCAAACUUGCAUAAAUGUGAUGUAUGUGGUAAAAUCUUUGGUCAAAAUUCAUACCUUGUACGUCAUCAGAAUAUUCAUGCUGGAAAGAGAAGUUACCAGUGUAAUGAGUGUGGUAAAACCUUUACUGACAGCUCAAACCUCAGUAGACAUCAGAAAAUUCACACAGGAAAGAAAUUAUAUAAAUGUGAUACAUGUGGCAAAGUUUUUAGCCGAAAUGCACACCUUGCUGGUCAUCGGAGGAUUCAUACUGGAGAGAAACCUUAUAAAUGUAAUGAGUGUGGGAAGCUCUUUAGUCAGAAUUCACAUUUCAUAAGUCAUAAGAGAUUUCAUACUGGAGAGAAACCUUACAAAUGCAGUGAGUGUGGCAAGGCCUUUAGUGAGAAGGCAGUCCUUUUAAGUCAUAAGAGAAUUCAUACUGGUGAGAAACCUUACAAAUGUGAUGAGUGUGGAAAGGUCUUUAGUCAAAAAUCACAUGUUCGACUUCAUUGGAGAAUUCAUACUGGAGAGAAACCUUUCAAAUGUAAUGAGUGUGGCAAGGUCUUCAGUCGAAAUUCACACCUUACAAGUCAUCGGAGAGUACAUAUAGAGAAACCUUUCAAAUGUUUUGAGUGUGGGAAAGCCUUUACUCAGGUCUCAACCCUCGCUACACAUCAGAAAACCCAUACCUGAGAGAAACUAUGUAAGUGUGAUAUAUGUGGGAAGGGCUUCAAAAUUCACACCUAACCGUUGUUCAGAGAAUUCAUACUAUGGAGAAAUCAUACAGAUAUCAGUGUGGCAAAGCUUUUGUGCCCUGAGCCUCCCUUACCAUCAGAGAAUUCAUACUAGAGAGAAACCUCACAAAUGUAGUGAGUGUGGCAAAGUCUUCAGUGUGCUUUCAAGCCAGACUUAACCAUCAGAGGAUCCAUACAGGUUAGAGCACUUAAAAAUAUAAUGAAGGGGACUUCCUUGGUGGUCCAGUGGUAAAGAAUCUGCCUUACAAUGCAGGGGACAUGGGUUUGAUCCCUGGUCGGAGAAUUAAGAUCCCGCGUGCCGUGGGGCUACUAAGCCUGCGCGCCACAACUACUGAGCUUGCGUGUCUCAACUAGAGCCCACAUGCUGCAAACUACAGAGCCCGUGCACUCUGGAACCCACGCACCACAACUACAGAGCCCAUGCACCCUGGAGCCUGUGCGCCACAACUAGAGAAGAGAAAACCUGCACGCCACAACUAGAGAGAAGCCUGCGCACUACAGUGAAAGAUCCUGCAUGCCUCAACGAGGAUCCUGCGUGCCGCAACUAAGACCCAACACGCCAAAGAUAAAUAAAUAAUAAGUAAAUCUUUAAAAAAAAAUACAACGAAGGUGGCAGUGCUUUAGGAGGCCUUCACAUCUUAGGCUUCACGAGAAAAUUCAUGCUGGAUAGAAGCCAGAUAAAUGUAUUUAGUAUAGUCAGGCCUUUAGAAAAUGAAUUCAAUCUAGGAAGAUUCCUCACCAAUGCCAUGAAUGUGAAAAACCUAUUCUCACAGCUUACAUCUCACCAAUAUUCAGGUAAUCUGCACUCUUCAGAAUGUUACAAAUGUACUAAAUUUUGAAUGCUUUUAGAUUGUGCCUUAAACUCAGUGAUCACCAAAUACUUCAUGUUUUAAAAUGCAACGAAUAUGUCAAAAGUUAAACUAUUGCUCACUCAU